CACAGACUCGGUACGUUGUGCAUAUUUGAAUAACUAGACAGUUUCUAUUCCUAUCGCAAAGGUGCUCUGCAAGGCCAUGAGAUCCCAAAAAACCAGUCUGGUCCCAAUUUUUCAUGCUCAAAUGGAGUGGCGGAUCUCCGUCUCAGCGAUAAACGACUCAUUUUGGGAGCAGUUUUAGCAUCACAAAAAAGCCACCAAAGGUAACAGACUUUAGUUCGGCACGACGCGCUUUAUUUUGUGGCAAUGAUACUCUCCGGGUGCUGAGACACACGCCUUGUACAGAAUGAUGUCAAAGGGAAAGGCCGACGAGAAAUUGAUAGAUCCUCGCCAAUUCACUCGAAACUACUUAAAAGAAUACGAUAAUUCUGAUAAUUUGCGUUCCUCAACUCCUGUCGAGAGGCACGUCCCACAUGAAACCGAAGAUUUCAUAUUUGACAGAAACGAAUUUCAGGGCACAACUGGCGGCUCACAGGCUUUGAACAAUGCUGACACGCUAGUCUCAGAUGAUGAGGACCUUAUGGAGGAGUUUUACGCUUAUCAGCGAGAGCCACUUUUGAAAAGUAGGAGUUAGGAAACCGCGAUUGUUUGGUGGUGUCAGCACCUAAUUAAAUUUCCAAGGCUUUUUACGCUUGCCAUAUCGUUGUUCUACACUAAGCUCAGCACAUGCGAAGUGAAAAGAGUGUUUUCUUUGGCCUCGGGAAUCAUGGGGAAGGACAGGACCCGACUGUCAUCAAGAAAUUUCAAAUCCGCGAUGUUGCUAAGAGACAGAUUUGACAGGUUUGGCUUUUACAAUCGCGUCUUGCACCCUCCCCCCCCCCCCCUCCUU